UGUCGCGUGCGAACUUCAUCUCUGGUCUUACUUUGCCCCUUACGCUUUCUUGUAAAUCCAAACCCUUUUUCCAAGGUGCCUGAGCACGCGACACAUACCCAGGUUGUUGCAGCCUCUUGGUGCUAGCAAAAUCAACGGCAGUAUGAAGACCAUGAAUAGUAUUCUGCCGUCGAAACGGAUCAUUGCGAGUUAUAUCUUCGAUUGGAUUGUUAUAAUUGCGAUUGCAGGUGUCGGAGGCGGCUUCAACUCUAUAUCCCCGAAUCAUCGACCAUUUUCCCUACUCGACCUCUCCAUAUCCCUCCCCUACGUACACAAAGAGAAGAUCCCGACAUGGUUGCUCAUCGUUGUUGGACUUGUCAUACCCGCCAUCAUAGUGUUCCUCGUUUGCUUGAUAUUCGUUCCUGGUCGGGCAGUUAGCAGAGGCACGCCAAAGGCCCUUGUAUGGCGGAGGAAGUUUUGGGAAUGGAACACCGGCUGGAUGGGCCUCGCGCUCUCCCUUGCUACGGCUUUCAUGAUCACAGAGGGCAUGAAGAACCUCUUCGGAAAACCUCGCCCUGACCUCCUCUCUCGAUGCAAUCCGAAAGUAUCCCAGGUAUCCGCAGACCGCCUAGGUGGCGACGGAAUGGAUCUCUCCCCUCUCUGGGUCCUCGUCAGCUCUAGCAUCUGCCAACAGACAGACAAAAGUAUCCUAGACGAUGGAUUCCGCAGCUUUCCCAGCGGCCACUCAUCCUUCUCCUGGGCCGGCCUCCUCUACCUAACCCUCUUCCUCUGCUCCAAGUUCGCCAUUGCCAUCCCCUUCCUCCCUCCCCGUCCCUACUCCCAAGACCCCACCUACACCAACCUCUCCGCCUCCAAAACCGCCCUCCCCGCCUACCACUCCCGCGAAAACACAGACGGCAGCAACAGUUCUAGCUCCAAGAAGCCGCGGUCCGAAGACACCUUCCCUUCACAAACACUUGUACAGAACCAGCAUAUCGUCCCCAUCCGCAACCAAGCCGCAGCUCCCCCUGUUUACGUUCUUGUCCUCGCGUUGAUACCUAUCUGCGCUGCCAUCUAUAUCUCCAGCACCCGCUUCUCUGAUUUUCGCCAUCACGGAUUCGAUAUCUUGUUUGGGUCGGCGAUUGGGAUCAUCUGCGCCUACUUCAGCUUCCGCUGGUAUCACCUGCCCAUCCGGCAGGGCGCCGGGUGGAGUUGGGGCGCGCGGAGUCGGGAUCGUGCGUGGUUCAUUGGGGUGGGCAGGGGGAGUUAUGUCGGGACCGAAGGAUGGGCUGCGGAGAGUGCGGAUGAGAAUGUUAGGAAGCAGAGCGCGGUAUUGGGAGGUGGGCUGGAUGGGGCGAAGGACGGAGAAACGCCCAGGGGAGAAGAGGCUGUGUAAUAGGCAUGAAAUUGGAUGGAUCUGCGUUGUGCUGAGGCAUCGGUCGUGUCUGGGCCACAGCGUGGCGUUGGUAGGUAGAUUGAGUAUUCUCUAUAAUCGGGUUAAUUUUCCAAGCGGUUGCCGUUCUGCGGUGUGUGUUUGAGGAACCUUUGACACCGUCAGCAUGAGUGUUUCUAGUGUUCUGAACCUGUGUCUGAUUUCCAUGUCGGAGAAGUUUAUACCAGCUCGCAAUCCUCGUAGCAUGCUGAAGCCCUCCUUCCAUUGCCGUCAUGUCUAUUUCCAGCUCUGAUCACAUUUCCUGAUCUCCACCCCCAAGAUCUCUACAUCCUCCUGCGCUU